AUGCCAACUGCCGAUGCUGAUGUGCUCUACAUCUACCCCAAGGAGGAUCACAACGGCGCCUUUGCUUUGUGUGAAGACAAGGGGUUUAUCGACGGGCACAUGUGCUUCCGCCUCAUGUCCAUGGCUCGUCAUUUCUCCGUGCAUUUUGUGCGUGUGGCAUCGGUGCAAGAAGCCAUCGCCUACGUGAAGGCGCUGCCUAGCACGAUGAGGCUGAAGCAUGUCGUUCUUGGUGGGCAUGGCAUGUUCCGAGCAAUGACGUGGGGAAAUGCAAGCAGCCAGAGUCAGUCUUUCAUGCCUUACUUGCACGUUGACGAGCCCACAGCGAUUGAAUUCCUCAAUGUGCUUUACCCUCACCUGAUCAUUGACGGCGCUGACAGUCAUGACAAAUAUCAUUCCACAAUCUUCUUGGACUCCUGCAACAAUGGCAAGCCGGUGAAAGACAAGAACAUGCUCAACUUCGUCGCGCACCGCCUGGCAGGUGCAGAAAUCUUUGCCUCCCAGGUCAGUUUUAACGCUGGUGAGUUCGUGCUUGACAACUACAUUCACUUCAGUGCAAGUAUCAAGAGCGAGAAGACUGGAAAAGAUGAGAUGAUAAGCACCAUGUUCGGCCCGCACCUGCGCGAGCUAGAGUUUCAUCCGAACAGAUUUUGUAAAAAAAAAGAGCCAGUUGCCGCGGAGAACAUCAAGCAGUGCGCAGAGCUGUGCCAGGCAGCUGGCGACAAAUGUGGCGCCUUCACCUAUAUUCCAGGUGAUGCCAGUGGUGAUUCCUGCUUCCACAGCAAAAGAUGCAAAAAAAGAGGAAAGUCCGAGCAGGGUGCCAUGGUCUUCAUAAAGACGGCUUCUGGGCAAGAGGAAGAUCCCGCAAUUAUGGAGGACCACACUGCGGAAGAAAGAUAA